CCGGAAAACCUUUGAUUGCACUUCAUAUCGAUCAAAUUAUUGAUUUGGGAUAUUACAGAGAAGAUCGUCUUCACACAUGUACUGGCGAUGUUGGUGUACCAUCGAAACAUUUGAUAAUCGAGUUGGUGUAUGCAAACGGAAGUGAAUUCCAAAUUAGAGGAGCAAAUAUUGAGUCUCGUCACCUAGAAAGUGGAAAUUGUCAAAAUAGUGAAACAGUUACAUUUGGUAUCUCAUUUACGUCUGAAAUGAAUGGUGGUAAAGUGAGAUGUAGCGUUAAUGGGAGUGAUGCUAAUUCAACUAAAAGUGACAUUGAUCUGGCAUUGAUUCCACGCAAUAUAUGCUCUUGUGGUAAGCAUUUAGACUCUAUAGGUCACCCCCAGAGCUGCUACGCUUAUGUGUUAUGUAUAGAAAUUGAUGGUACUGUCUAUCCUUUUGGAAUAGCAUGUCCACUUGAACAGUGUAGAAAUAGCAUCACUGGAGAAUGUUCGACAAAUUGCUCACAGGCAGUAUGUAGCGAAACUGUUCCUUCAGGAUUCUGUACAACCCCUGCACCUAUGUUACCAGCUGUUGCAACUUCUCAACAUAUCCAGUGUUACGGAAAUUCUACAUUUCAGUAUUCAGGAAAAGUUCAAAUAGUUUGUGUUUUAAAUCAAACAGAGUUUUCGUCAAUAAAUGUGACUUUUGAGACCACAAAACAAUCAAAUCUUAUUGCGCAAAUAGCUAGCAAUAGAACUGUAAAAUUGGUUGACACGAGUGGAAAAAUUGUUGUCCGAAUAUCUAGCAAAAUUGUAACAGUAGAACUUCUGAAUGCAUCAUGCAUCGAUAGCGGUCUUUAUGUGGUUGCAGUGGACUUAGGGAGCGAAAUAGCUAUUGCACAAGGCCAAUUAACCAUUAAAACAAGACCAGAUAAACCAACACUUCAAAUACCUUUUCAUACAGUUGAAAAUCAUAAAAUAGCAAUCACCUGCACAGGGAAUACUGGAAGUCCUGCAGGGUCGCUUCAAAUAUUAAUCAAAAGACUAAAUGUCAGUGACACCAUUACACUUAACAUCAGUAAUGAUUAUGUACAAGUUACUCAAAAACCAAAAAUAUGUAGCCAUGAGGAAACAGUUACACUAGAUGAAAUUCUCACAUCUGAUUGGAAUUUAACAACUAUUCAAUGUAAAGCUGUUAAUCAGGAGACAGCAGCCGAAGACGAUGAUAGUCUUUACUACACAUCGGAAGAAUCACAGAUUGUAUUAAUUGAAGAAAACUACUGCUCAACCGGCGAAGAAUAUAAAUAUCAUCCAAAGAGCUGUUAUCAUUACGUACGUUGUUUGACUAAUGGUAUGGUCUCAAACCAAUGUGCAAGUCCUCUUUGCUUUUUCAAUGCCACGGUCACAUGCUCCAAUUGUAACGAAGUGCCUUGUCCAGAACCAUGAAAUAACUUUAUAUGUGAUUUAUAAAAAAAUCAAUUACUCUUCAGUUUUUAAUUUCCAUGUAAAGGUUAACUGAUCUAACGACAGAAUUUAUGACAUUCAUGGGAUUAUGUCGUCUGUAUCCUUGUUUUAUUGUUUAGAUUGUUGAAUAUAUUCCCCUUGUGAUUAUACAUCUAUAUUUUAUAUUGUAACUUAAAAAAUAAAAAUAAUCUGCG